AUGUAUUCACGUGUACCCGUCGCGUUUAGCUACACGUAUGUAGUAUGUUUCCAUCGAUUGGUCAGGGGCGGCGUGGCUUACCGUCCGACCAUUAACCCAGUUGUAUGGCGAUACGCGGCCCGGUUGGGCACGCGAGCCCGUCGCCUUCAGUCCUACGCCAUGCAACUGCCCGAAACACCGCCGCCGCCUCUCGCUCCUCUAUGGGAUCGCGUAUUAAGGGCCCGAGCUCUGCCCCCAGACCUAGAUGUCGAGCUUCUGUACAUCGCUAUAAGGGAUCGACUUACACAUCCUGAAUGGGAAGUACGUUUGCACGCGCUUAGAGUCUUGGCAGACCUUUUACCAUUGUCAGGAAAUGCACUGUCGUUUCCUUUUGACCAAGUGGUGGAUAACCUAGGGCAUAAUUCACCGAACGUCAGAAAAGCUGCGUUGGACGCACUGAAAGUUUUUUGCACACAUUGUGAAGAUGUAGAAUGUGCGUCGCGAGCAAUCUUAGACAAGUGUUCCUACCAUAACAUACGGCCGCAUUCCGCGAAUAUUGAUACAAAAGUGAAUGUGAUUACUGGCUUAAUAUUAUCAAUACCAUCUGUUAUGGGAAUAUUGAAAAGAAGACUUCCAAAUCUAGACAUGUUUCCAAUAUUUCAAGUAUUAGGUGAAAAACUUUUUGAUCCAAUGCACAGGGAUGUAGCACAGCGAUCUAUGUUCAAACUCAGAAGAAUUUGUGGCCCACGGGAUUACAUGACCUAUCUUUCUCAAUUGGAUUCUAAAACUCAAGCUAAAUUUCGAAGUUUAUACGAAACUUAUGAUGAAGAUUCCAUGGAUGUUUACUAUGCCCCCAAAAGGGCUGAUUUUAGAAAUCUUAACAAUAACAAUCAACCUUUAGUUAAAAUAAAUCAUAUUUAUAAUAAUCCACACACCGGACCAGUAAGAUUUUCAACCGAUUCUUCAUCAGAAGAAUCAUUUGGACCGAUAGCAUUUUACAAUAAUAAUUAUGCAAAAGUGAUUAUCGAAACAGAAAUUAAAUUUGAUUCUGACACUGCCAUUACAAUGACUGUUUUAGAAGAGAAUGAGACUGAGUCUGAAAAAAAUACGGGAAGCGAAGAUGAUUAUGACAGUUCAGAUCGCAAUAUGCUGAAGUAUAGUGAUGGGGAUUCAGAAGACAUGGAUGUGGUAGUUAAAAAAGUGCGUUUUGGUGGUGAAAGUGUAAAAAUAAGGACACCUGAUAGUGAUAAUUUAAUCACUAGUGAAGAAGAUAAUAUUCAGAAAAUACCAGUGAAACAUGAGAGUUUUAAAGAAGUAAUAUCACCUGUUACAACGACACUCGUGACUAGAAUGAACGAAAUGAAACAAGAGGCAUUUGAGAGAGAAUCUCAACUAAAAUCAGUAAAAAAAAGCGGCAUACCAUUGCCAGUAAUUCAAAAUAAAGCACAAAAACAAACUCCCGUUGCUAAACAAACAAAUGGGUCUAAAUUAAAAUCGAAGUCUUUGAGUGAGCUUUAUGACUAUUUUAAGUCAAAGAACGAUAUCCAGGAGGAUAAAAUGAAGGAUAUGUCUGAACUAGCUUUGAGUUUAUCAGAAGUACGCUCUCCUGAGAAGUCAGGACGUAGUUCUCGAAGUCCUGUGGAAACUCACAAAGAAGUAGAGGUGCUCCAUAAUUUGCAGAGGAGUCCUAGUAUCUCUCCACGUCGUCAUCAAACCCGGGUGCAAUUGGAGCGGGACGGGUUUGUUUUAAGUUUAUUAGCGUCGUCUCCACCCAAAGAAUACGAUUUAUUAACUCCUCGACCUCCAACUCCCCUUCGAGCACGAUACGACUGGGAAGAAUUGGAUGUCGUUCCACAGCAUGUUGCAGAUCAACUACAUAAUACGGAGAAUUGGAUAGCAGCAGUGCGGGCAGCAGAUCAACUCCACAGCACGCUACUCGAAGCCAGCAGCGUGAAAAAGGUGGAGCCGGCAGCCUUAUCUCUAGUGCAACACAUGUGGGCGCUCAGUGAUACGGUGGCAGCAGCAAGAGCGCCAGCAGAGGGCGCAGUCUGUGCUCUAGUUCGUAGUGCAAGUAGUGACUGCGCACGGGAACUCCUGCCAGCUCUCAUAUCGCGUAUGGCGCGAGAACCUUUGCCUGCCGCACUGCCCCAUGCCUUACUGCAGCGUCUGGCUUUGCACCAUAUUAUAGAUCUGAUAUUUGAUCCUACAAUGAUUGGGGUAUAUGGGGAUAAAGAGAUGAUGCAGAGUGCUCAACUACGGGCGGCCCUCUGCUUGGCCAGAGCUGCUGGCCCUGCAGCGGUAUUGUCGGCCGUGAGAAGAAGACUGGCCGUACCUGUAAGACGUCGCGCCAGGUCUACUCCGCCCCCCGCCGCACCACCUCCCCCAAGAAGAUUGCGACCACUACCGGACUCUGCACCAUUACCUGGUGUAUCUCAACCAGGAAGGGAAUAUAUACUGAAGCCGUUGUCACCGAUCGCUUUAAGUGACAGACAAGGUACAUACGAGGGUGAAGUAGCGACGACACGGCUUGUGUCUGCGUCAGUCGCGGAGGCGCCGCGGCGGGUCGCGCACGCCGGCAUGCUGCGCCUGUGCUGCUGCCCGCGUCCUUCUGUCGCGCCUUCCCCCGCGCACGCCCUCGCACUCGACCUAGUCGCCGACCUGCCACCCCACACGCGAGACUCCAGUGCGCUCACGAGCUACGAGGACGGUGAAACUGGGAAAAAAGUACAAACCUCCAAGGGGAGACUGAGUGAUAAAUUAGAAAAUGACUCUGCAACAGACGUGAACAUCACAGCAGAAGAGACGACUGAUCCACCGCUACCAUCCCCUCGCUCGCUCUCGAUAAGAGUCGAGGACUACUCCGAGAGGUCAACUGCCUCGCCUAGUAGUGUACGCUCGCGUCUAGAGGUACCGCAGCCUGUAAUCGGUGGUGGACCUGUUGAUGUUUCUCCUGGAGAACAGAAAAAUGAUAAUACGUCGCAAUACGACUCUUUGGAAUCUACUAAAACUGUUAUCGAGGAGUCACAGAACCGCGCCGCUAGCGCUCGAGCUUCUCCUAACCCACCGAAUAGCGUUAGUCCGACGCCGCCUCGAAGUUCAAAUCCGUCGCCGGCCCGAAGUGGAAAUCCAUCACCGGACCCCGUCAGUGAUGUUUACGAGCCAGCACAAAUAUCCGAGAGAGACGUUCGAACUGCACUAGCUGAAUGUAUCGUACCUGCACGUCAUGAAGACUGGGAGGUGAUCGUCAGCGCCCUCGUCGAGACCGAGCGAUUAGCGACGGAUCGUUCGGCGCGGGCUCCGGCCUCGAGUUGGCGGGCCGUCACUCGAGCGACCGCCGCUCACGUUCGUUCUCUGAGAUCCCGAGUAGCACGGGCUGCCUGCUCUACUCUGGGUGUUCUGUUCGAGCACCGUGGGCGCGCAUUGGACCCGGAACUGGACGAGGCGGCCGGGGCGCUGCUGGAACGCUGCGCCGACGUAAAUCGGUUUCUGCGUGCUGACGCAGCAGAAGCGCUGGUCAGGCUCGCCCAAGGAGGGAGCGAUGUGCGUGCUGUGGCGACGUUGGCGCGGCGUGGAGCGGCACACCGAGCGGGCCCGGUGCGUGCGGCCGCAGCGCAUGCGCUGGCCCGUUUCGUGUCUCACGCCGGAGCAACCCGAGCGCUUGCGCUGCCGCCUGACACACGAACGUCGCUGCUGCGUGCCGCCGGCGAGCUGCUCGGCGACGCAAGCGCCGAUGCCCGCCUUCAUGCGCGCAACCUUUGCCUCGCGCUCGGUGAGGAUGUACGAUUCCGACCAAUGCUCAAGGAAGCGAUGCCUCCCUCGCGCUAUCGAGCGAUUGAGAAGUUAGUUGAUAAGUUGCGUUGUCGAUAG